GCGCCGCGGCGUCGAUGGCGGGCGCGCGCAGGCUGCGGCCCGCGGGCUGCAGGGCCGGGGCGUCGGCGUCGGCGUCGGGCGCGCGCGCGCAGGCGGGGCCGCGCACGCCAGUCCCGGCCGGCGGCCAUCUUUCCUCCCGGCGGCUGCUCCCGGUGCAAGUGCGGGGUCCGCGGCCCUGCCGGCGCCCUCGGCCUCGGCCGGAGCAGUGGGGAGGCGUGGAUGAGGGGGGAGGUGCGGAGGAGCCGCCCCCGCUGUGUGCCGCCUCCCCCCCCACCCGCUCAGGGCGGGCUGGGGCUCGGGGUCGCCCCCCGGCGCGGCCCGUCCCGCCCGCGGAGACCCCUCCCCCGGGAGCCCGCCCCGCCCGCCCCGCUGCUGUCAGGGUCGGGGGCUCCUCCCAGAUGGGAUAAGCGGUCAAGAUGUUCAGCUUCGAAGGGGACUUCAAGACGAGGCCCAAGGUGUCCCUCGGAGGCGCCAGCAGGAAGG